AUGGCGGAGAUGGCGGUGUCGACCUUUCACCAGGUCCAGCAGCUUGGUGCCGAGCUGUCGAAGCUUCGCGAAGCUGUGUCGACCGGGAAGGAUCCCAGCCGGGAUGCCGAAGCCGAGCUUGCUCUGGCCGAAGCCCAACGGGAGGCGCGCGAAGCCGAGCGCCGGGCCCAGGAGCUUGAGCGACACCUGCAUGAGGUCUUCGCCCAGGCGUCCCAGGCCGCCUCGCUGUCCCUGACGGCCGAGGCCGAUGUCGAAGCUGCUCGUCUUGAGGCCGCGCGGGCCGAGCGUGAUCGUGUGGAGGCAGCCGCCGCGGAAUACAUCCGCCGGCAGCUGGCUGAAGCCGACGCGAGGCACGCCGCCGAGAUGGCCGCCCGGGCCGGGCAGGCCCAGCAGGACCUGGCCGCGUUGGCAGCCAGGCUGCAGGCGUCGGAAGUCGCGCGUGCGCAGGAACCAGCUACUGGCGACACUGCCGAAGUCGACGUCGCGCGUCUAGCAAGGACUCUGAAGCCGACCGUGGUGAAGAAUGAGCCGGCCGCACUUAAUGCGGCACACCGAUAUACGACGGCGGCGCAUGUUGCCCCGACGGGGACCUCCCGUCCGGGGACCAAGACGGCGGUGAAGAAGGAGCCAAAGGAGCCAAAGCAGGAACCGCCCAGGAAGGACGAACGCAGGAAGGACGAGCGCAAGAAGGCGCCACGCAAGGGGCGUCGCCGGGAUCGCGACUCGUCCCCGGAUUCAAGCUCCAGUUCCUCGAGCUCGGAUGAUGAUAGCUCCAGCUCGGACGACAGCCUGGACGACGAGGCCGCUACACCGACCGUGGAGUCAACUACGGUUGGGGAUGGCAAAACCUCCUGGACGUUCCGCCCGUAUGUCAAUUCCAACACGCUGGGUCAGUUCGACGAGAAAGCCCCGCUUGGAGAUCGACGUACCUGGUGGGAGAAGUUCACCAACAUCUCCGUCCAGGCUGGUUGGUCCGACCAGACCAAGGUUCGAGAGCUCAAGAUGAAGUUGUCACCUGCCGCCCGGAAUUGGCGCGGCCAACUGGAGAAGCACGUCCAGAGCAAUCGGAAGCGCUUCGUCCAGGAGUUCCGUCGCAAGUACCUGAAGCUCCGGACGUCGGAGUCUGAACGGUAUUAUACCAUGCGACAGAAGACGUCUGAGACCCCGAUGGAGUUCUUCUACAGGCUGAGCGAGGCUGCGGUCAAGGCGGGGAUCAAGUACCGGAAGUCCAAGAAGGAGCGCAAGCAACAUGUCAAGCCCUGGACGACCUCGAAGACAUCCUGGAGCAACAGGAGGACCUGA